GAUGGGAUGGAUGUGCAGGAUGGAAUGUGAUGGAGGGCGUGAACGAAGGAGUGAUACAAGUGAUGGUAGAGUUUGAUGGGAGAAGGUCGAAGUGAUGGGAGGCAGUGAUGUGAGAGAGGGAGAGAGUAAUGGGAGGGAGUGAUGGAGGGGGGAUGAGAGUUAUGGAAUACAUGGAGUGAUGGGAAGGGAGGGAGUUUUGCGAGAUAUGAGAGUGAUGGAAGAGAGUGCAUUGAGUGAUGGGAGAGUUUGGAGUGAUGGAGUUCAGCUCGCUUUAAAGCCGGAGCCAGUAAAUUACAGUCAGGGCUUUGGCGAGAGAGGGAGGGGAGGGAGAGUGACACAACACGGACAGACAGGAAGGGAGAGGGAGGAGAGAGAGAGGGUGGGGAGGCUUGUCCGCCUUUAAGAGCGCUAGUCCCCUCGCAGGGACUGCUGUGCAGCUUGGAGCGAGGAGCUGAGUGGGUAGUCCCCGUCUCAAGCCGGCGCCGUGACCCGGCAAUCAAGGCGAACGAGCUAGCGCGGGUGGCCGGCGCGGCGCCCCCCCGCGUGGCAUUGCAGGGCGUCAGAGCGGGGGCCGGGCAUGGCGAGCGAGCUGGCGCUGCUGGCGAGGAGGGGGUGUGCCGCGUGGGCGGCCGAGGCGGUGCCCGGGCGACUCUCCCCGCUACUGGCGGCGAGCGCCCUCGCCGUUGGGGGGGGGCCGCGCCCCCCCUUGUUGGCGACGCGGCGGUAACGGAGAGGUCCGCCGAGCGAGCGCGUGCCAGGACGAGCCGCGGCGCAGCGAGGAUGGCGCCCGCCGCCGGAUGGGGGCCCCCGCGCCGUCCCCCGCGACUCACCUCCGCACGCCCGGGGAGAUCCGCGUCGCGGCGAGCGGCCCGCACGGACGCACGCUUCCAGCCAGUGUGUCCAGGACUCUCACGAGGUCCUACCACCACCAUCACCAUCACAACAACAACCUCAACCACCAUCACCAGCAGCAGCAAGCGAGUUGGUACCAGCAGGCGAGGUGGUACCAGCAGGAGUCACUGCGAGGGCUCACGACGGAGGACGUGGGCAAGGCGCGGCAAUCCAAGUGCCAGCAGACGGUCAUGCAACAGCUGAGCGAGCGGGCACGGGAGAGCAAGGUGCCCACGGGACGACUCAGUCGCAUGGUCAACUUUGGUGGCCUCGCGGUGGGCCUGGGUCUCGGCGCGCUGGCCGAAGUCGCCCGCAAGCAGCUGGGCAUGGACAAGGUGCCCCCGGGCGGUCGCGGCCUGCUCGACUCGAGCCCCUUCCUGUCGGACGCAAACGCGGAGCGGAUCGUCAAGACGCUGUGCAAGGUGCGCGGCGCGGCUCUCAAGCUCGGCCAGAUGCUCAGCAUCCAGGACGACAGCUUCAUCAACCCGCAGGUGCAGAAGAUCUUCGAGCGGGUCCGCCAGAGCGCCGACUUCAUGCCCACGUGGCAGAUGAAGAAGGUGCUGAGCGCCGAGCUGGGCGAGCGGUGGCGGGACGGCCUCGCCGAGUUCAACGAGCGGCCCUUCGCGGCCGCCUCCAUCGGCCAGGUGCACCUCGCCCGGCUCCACGACGGCCGCCAGGUGGCCAUGAAGGUCCAGUACCCCGGAGUGGCCCAGAGCAUCGAAAGCGAUGUGGAGAACUUGAUGAUGGUGCUCAGCGUGAGCAAGCUGCUCCCCGAGGGGCUGUUUGUGGAGAAUGUGGUGGAGGUGCUGGGCCGGGAGCUCGCGUGGGAGUGCGACUACGAGCGCGAGGCCGCAUGCACGCGGCGCUUCCGGACCCUGCUGCUGGAGGAGGAGGCGCUGUUCGUGCCGCGCGUGGUGGACGCGCUGAGCAGCGCCAGGGUGCUCACCACGGAGCUCGUGCCCGGCCUGCCGCUCGACCACACCGAGUCGCUCGACCAGGAGACGCGCAACUGGAUCUCCCUGCACAUCAUGCGCCUGUGCCUGCGAGAGCUCUUCGAGUUCCGCUUCAUGCAGACCGACCCCAACUGGUCCAACUUCAUCUACGACCCCGAGACCCGCAGAGUGGGGCUGCUGGAUUUCGGGGCGAGCCGUGACUACGAGAAGCCAUUCAUCGACCACUUCCUCGAGCUCGUGAUGUCGGCAUCAUUCGGGGACAAGCGGCGCGUUGUGGAGGAGCUGCGGGAACUCAAGUUCCUCACGGGGUACGAGACCAAGCUGCUGGAGGACACGCACGUGGACGCGGUGAUGAUCAUCGGGGAGGCCUUCUCAGGCGACGCCGUCUUCGACUUCGGCUCCCAGUCCACGGCGCGCCGCGUCGUCGGCCUCAUGCCCAGCGUCAUGCGCCAGCGCCUGGCACCCCCGCCCGAGGAGAGCUACUCGCUGCUGCGCAAGCUCUCCGGCUCCUUCCUCAUCUGCGCCAGGCUCGGUGCGCGCAUCUCCUGCCGCCCGCUCUUCCUCGACGUCUACAACAAAUAUCGGGCGAGCGCGUGAUCGCGCGCAUGCG